AUGGCCGAAAGCGCGGCAUACUUGCAGAUGGAGGGCACAGGUGGCAGCUCUGAUUUGGACAGUGAUUCGGAAGAUGGACCGCGGCUAAGCUUUUGCCAGAGGUGUGGCAUCCGACUCCUAUGUUUGGUCCUGACAUGCUAUUUCCUGCCCAUGCUGUCGUUCAUCCCUCUGGCUCUAUUCGGUGGAAUCCAAAUGCCAAGCCCGUGGGAAAAAGGCUACAACAAGGAUGCACCUGUUGCCACUAUCCCAUCCGGCGAGAUGCCUUCCGGGCGAUGGUACUGGAAUCUACCCUUAGUGACAUGCAUCCUUCUCUUCCUUCCGACGGGGCUGGUGGCGGUCCUGUACCAGCUCAAGAUGCGGACUGUUCGACGGCAGCGCAUGCUUGAGGGUCUGGUGUCGGAGUGUGCCUGA